AAAUUCCAACAAGCAAUCGAAGCAGCAAUCUCAAAACACGAAAUCACACCCAGGACAACCAACAAUCAAUGGAAUUUCUUCAAGGACACUAUCCUGAAAGCAACAAAAAAUUCAGUAAAAAGAUCAAACACCAUAGCAGAUUUACCUAUAACCAGACCACACCCUCACCAAUCUCCAACAAAAUAA